UCGCGAACAGCCCGUGUUUAUACGUCGCCUCUACUGGGGCAGUCCGUGUGGAGCCGAGCCGACGUACCGCUCUGUCUAGUGGCUGCCGACACAGUGGCCGGCGGGAGGCGAGGGGACACGGCGAGACCCUUGCUCUAUCUUCUUCCGGCAGACCGGCGAUGUGCGCACGCGUGCCGACGCCAUGAGGCUGCCCAGACUUCGGCGUCGCGACGCCUCGGUCGCGGCGUCCCCCCAGCACCAGCAGCAGUCUACGUCUUCGACGUCGACGACCGCCACUUCGACGUCGCUGCUGUGCCGGCUCGCCAGCCGCUUGCAAGCAGGGCUGCCACCGCGGGGGAUGCCUGAGGAGCUGACGACAUCCCCAGCCGACACCGCGACCUCCGACCUCAACUCGAACCACACGACCGAGCCCGUUGGCACUGCUGGAGCCACAGGCACAUCCAAUGGGAGCUUCGCAGCCAGCAAUGCGUCCUCCCAAGACCUGGACUUCAUUCAGGACAACUCGGACUACCAGUGGUUCCUGGACUAUGGAUAUCGGGAGGCCCCCGGAGGCCACCACGUGAGCGUGCUGUCGUACAGCGAGGAUGCGGGGUUGCGGCACGGCGGGCCGCGCUACGACGACCUGGCGCGCGACCUGGACGCCAACCUGGCAGAGGUGGACAUGGAGGACCUCCGCACUGAGGACAUUCACUCCAUCCUCAGCACACUGCCCGCCAUGUGCUGUGCCGACAUCCAGGCCGAGAGACAGGGGGAGAUGUACGCCAGCGUUUCAGGCUCCUUGAUGGCAAAAUUCGAGUUUGAUUCGUCCGUGAGUCCACGCAGCAGCUCGCAGGCGGAGGACACGACCGGAUCGACGGACACCAUGUCCAUCUGCAAGUCGGAGCAGUUGUUCUCGCCGGUGCGGGAGUGUCCGCUGCCCGGCUGCAACUUCAGUGUCGACUCGUUGGACUGUGAGGGCCUCACGGACCACGACAUCAUGCUCACCUGCCAGGCCAACAAGGACAACUACACCAUCGCCUUCGAGGGCAGCCUCGCGCUCUGCUCAGAGGCUGACUCAGAUUAUCACGAACCGGUCGAGAGUGAUGUGGGCGGAAGUUCGGACAGCCACCACCGGUGGCAGCACCGUCCCCAACUGGGGCGGCAGCCCGCCGUGGACCAGUCGAUGGCGCGGUCCGACUCGCUGUACACGACGUGGAGCAAGCUGCACAAGCGGUCCAGUGACGUCCAGCUCACACGGCAUCCGUCAGGUAACAACAACACUGCACCGGCGAUGCCGACGUCGACAGCAACAGGGGCGGCCCUGAAGAGCAGAUCCCUGCCGGACCUGUGUCCACCCAGGAGGGGGGCGCACGGCGGAGGGCGCUGCGUGCGGCUGUACGACGUGGGCGAGGGGGACCUCAGUCUGGUUCGCCUCUUCAUGCGCCAGCGCACCGGCUCCAGCAUCGCCACAGAUAGCUGCAGCCAGUCGGAAUCGGGAGCGAGUGGAAGUAACCACCGCUGCUCACUGAAUGACUGCAGCGUGUGCUGCUACAACAACAACCGCAGCAACAACAUCAUCAGUGGCAGUACCGAUGCCAUCCGGUCGGUUGCGGACAACGGCAACAGGAAUACCGAGUGCAUCAAGGCGGCAGACCCCCGAGUCGACAACUGGGUCCGUGUGGGGAAUGUCACAGGCGGUGACGAGUACUCGACCUGCUGCUUUGAAGAUAGCCUGGUCGGGCCUCCGGUGAAAGACGGCAUCGUGCACCAACAGCAGCAGCCGGAGCUGAUACGGGAAGAGACGGAGGAGUCGGAGAGCUCCUCCUCGGUGGAACAGCUCUCGGAGAGCGUGUCCAAGCUGGAGGAGUACGUCCCCGUGUCGCUGCCGGUCCAGAUCCCGCCCGCCCUCGACCACAUCCGCUGCCACGAUAACAACAACGGCAGCCGGGCACUUGAAGAGAGGGCGACACAGACCAGCGUCGUCCAGUCUCGCAAUGUGGGCGCGGGCACGCCGCCGUCACCGCGCACGCUGAGCCGCGCGGUGCAGACGCUGGCAGAACACAAGCGGCGCACGUGGGUGCUGUUCCCCAACUACACGCUGCCCGACCUGGCGUUCCUGCGCAAGCACCGGCACAGGGAGCUCGACUUCCUGCUGGCCCCACAGAAGGUUGACACUGCCGCGACUGUCGCCGUCGGCACGACCGGCGGCAAGAGGCGGCCACGCCCGCUGUCGUGUGACGACGUCGAGGCGCUCAGGAGGAAGGGCUUCUCCCACGUCAGGGACCGUGACUCACUCGCCGUCCUGCUGCCGCGGGAGUACCGCCGCCUGCUCGAGGAGCCAGACACUAACAAGGCUGUCACUUCGGAUUCCAGUUCCCACCCGUCAUCGGGAUUCCGCGGCUCCUCGACACUGCUGAGUGACUCGAACCCCCUGCUGGUGUACCGCUACGAGAGUGAGUGCUCGGUCCAGCAGCAGCUGCAGCAACACAAGAAGAAGGCGGAGGGCAGGUGUCACCGCCCACACUCAGCAAGCGUGGCAUCCUGCGCCAGCAGCAGAAGGAAGACGGCACCGGCCGCCACCACCGCCACCGUCACCAUCGCCACCACCACCUGCGGAAGCCGCCACCCGCCACCUCUGGACCCGGAUAAAGACCUCUGUGAUGAUGAAGAAGACUUUGAUGAAGGAGUGGAUGCCGGCACAGAUUCGAGCUACGAGGAGCCGCGGCCGCCCACGCCGCCCCUCCCCCGCAGUGCGGCGGCAGACGCCGUUCUCGGCCUCGACGGCCUGCUGAAUGUGAGCGGCCUGUCGUCGGUGCUCGGCUCGGCAGAGAAUCUCGAGGGCUGGGGAGACGACGACAUGAAGAGACUGAGGAUGCAGGUGAGCAAGUUCCUGUGCGGACAGCGCAGCAAUGUGAUGGCCGACGUCUGCAACGGAGGGGCGCCGCACAACACCCCGGAGCACAGGCACCUGCAAGGUGGCGUGGGGGUGGGAGCGGCCGGAGCUCCCCGCGGGAGUGGCGGCAGCUGCGACUGCUCGGGCGGCUCGGCAUCCUCCUCGGGCCGAUCCUCGUCCGGCAGCAACAGCGGCCGCAAGACUGUCAGCUUCCGGCUGAGCCUGCCGACACCCCCUAACUCUCCGUCUGCCGCGUUGCAGCACCAGCAGCGGCUCUGCCAGGGGAAGCUGGCAGACAAUGAAUCUAGUCCAUGUGAGAAGGCUGUGAGGCCGGCAUCUCUCCUGACACAUGUACACAGCCCAUCUGUGCCUCUGGCAGCAAUCGACAUUGCACAAAAGAGGGAGCUGGUGACGGCGGUGGGGGACGCUGUGGAACAGGUGGUGAGCCACUUCUCGGCGGCGGAGAACCGGCAGCACUGCUGCGCGCUGGGCGACUCGGUGCGCACGCCGGCGGUGGCGCGCAUCGCGCUCGGCAAGCUCUGCCCCGCGCUCUACGCCGCCCUCUGCGACGGCCUGCGGCCCGAGCUGGACACCGCAUUCGGCCCGAUCCCCAACUCCCUCUGGCAGGUCGUCGAGGCUUCUGCCCAGAAAGAUCCAAUGACAAAGUCUCUAAAUGAACUGGUUCUACGCAUCAAUAGUGAAGAUGUUUUCACAGAGGGGAUAAUGAAGUUCAACGCUUUUGUGUUGGGGCUACUUAACGUACGGUCCCUGGACGCGUGGGUGGGGUACCUGCGGACGCGCGAGUCGGUCCUGCGGCGGUACUACCAGGAGGAGUGUGGGCUGCUGCCCCUGGGGAACCUGGGCGGGCCGGCGUGGCGCGGGCUGGCGGACCAGCUGGUGGCGUGCCUGCAGCCGCUGGCACUGCUGCCGUUCCGCCUCGACCUGCUGCACCAGCCGCGACAGCUCGCCGCCCGUCUGUCCCUCUCGCCGCCGGCAGAGACGCCGCGGCCCGCCCGGGGAACGGCGCGGGCGAGCGCCGCGGCUGCCAGCGGGAUUCCGGCGGGCGCACCCGGCUGGAGCCUGCGUGGGCUCGUCAGGUCGAUACACUCGUCCCUGUCGCAGCCGUCACCCCGACAGGGCGGCGGGGAGGAGGAGUCCCAGCUGCCGGAUGUGGUCGGCUCCUCUCAGGCAUGGGAGAACAGCACCCAGCGCCCUCGCUCCUGUGUAGACACAGCGGCUGCCCCAAAUGGCCUCACAUCUCUCACGGACCUGGCUUCAACUGUUCGCAAGAGGUGGUCGGGAAUCCAGCUGGGCUCGAGGCUCUUCCAGGCCUUCGACCGGUUGGGAGCAGAAGACGACUCGGACCCCGACGCAGAUACGGACGAUGUAGAGGUGGACGAAAAUGUGGCCCGACCGGAGCCGGAUAGCUUGGAGCCGCAGGAGAAGCAGCCACCGACGACGCGGGGACAGAAGGCGACGGCUGACGCGCGGCCGGCGACCACGGCGGCAGAGCGCGGGGCAGUUGGGCAGCCAGCGGGCUCUUCGCCGCAACCGGCUGCCGCCGGGGGCAAGUUCCGCCGGCUGCAGAUGAAGUGGGAGCUGCUUAGUAACAAGGAACCGUCUCUGUCCCCACAAUCUGGGGGCAGCAGCAAAACCACCUCACCUUCGGAGAGCAGCCCGUCGUGCGUGUCUUCUAACCACAGCAGCAGCAGUGGGGGGCCGGCCGCCUCUCCUGGGGGGCGUGCCGGUGCGGGCAGUCGCAUCCCGAGGCCCGUCGCCUCGCCCACCCGCCAGCAGCCGUCCGGCAUCCCCGUGCUGUCGCCGGCCGCCGCCAGGGUGCCCAACGGCAUAGUGACGAGGCGCUCUUCAUCUGUAACACCGGCAUCUUCGAGGCGGGUCUCCGCGCCACCUUCUACACCAGUUUCUGCAAAGACAUCUCCGCCGGCGCCGGCGGAAGCCACCGAGAACGGAACUGUCGCGGGGGCCGGUAAGCGCGGGAUCCCGCGGCCCAGCAGGGUGGACCGCGUCUCCUCUGGUGCGCCCGCUCCCCGGCCGAGCAGUCUGCCGUACGGGCAGACCGGGGCGGCGCGGGGCGGGGGCACCCGUCAGCAGCAGAGGCGGCCCGUGUCAGUGUCUGCGGGCAGGACGGCGGGCACGGGGGCGACGUGUGCCUCCUCCUCUCCACGGUUCGUCCGGACACUGUGCCACCGGCUGCCGUCUGACGCGGGCCACCUCGCCUUCAACGAGGGCGAGCGUCUGCGCGUCGUGCUGGAUGUCGACGACAGCUGGCUGCUCUGCUGCCGCGGAGACCAGAAGGGACUCGUUCCGCGCUCAGCCGUUGUCUAGCGGUCCGGCGCCCUCUGCUUCCCACGCUAGGACACCCCACCUGUCUCUGUACCUGUUUGCUUCUUCGGGCAGUUCGGCACCUAGGUACAUUUCUGUCUCGUGUAGUAUUUCGGGGGAGAAAUAAGUAUUCUGCACAGUUCAAAAAUAAUUUAUAUCUCGUCAUGUGGAAGAGAGCUUUUUUUGUGGCGUGUUGUAAAGACUUUCUUAAAUACGUCACAGAAAAAGCUUGUUCUUAUGUGACGACUGUUUAUAAAUUUAUUUUGGGUUGUACUAAGUGAGUUUGAAAGUGAAUAUACUUCGAUGUUAGUGGUCCAUUCAAGUUGCAUAUCUCACAUUCUGCCAUUUUUUUGUUAUUAUCAACUGCAGUAUUAGAUUGCAUUUUUCGUUACUCUUUUGCCACUUAUAGGAGUUGGAAGUGUUUACUAUAAGAAUUGGGGUCGAGCGUAGGGAUGUGUCGACUAUUAGAGGCGCGUUUCAGUAUCGAAUGGACUCAGCUGAUCCAGUAUUACUGCAGACAGAAGUAAACAGGAACUUCCUCACGGAUAUACCUUUCUUGUCCUCACCUUACCUGACACAUGUGAUAAUUUGAUCAAUCCCUGCUAGGUAUUUUCCUAUGUGGUAACCACAUUUUUAUUUAGGACAUCUGUUCCUUGUGUGUGUGCUUGUGUGUGUGUGUGUGUGUGUGUGUGUGUGUGUGUGUCAGAGAGGGGUUGUGGGGUAAACGUGGAUGUAUGCUAGUGGUGGCUGCAGUAGACUGCUAUCCUAACCCACAGCAAAAAUACUAGGUCUUGUCAUGCAGGAAAUGUUUCAUGAUUAGCAUCAGAUAGACUGUAUCAUUUAAUGUGACCAAUUUCAAAUUUUGCAGAGGAUUGUACCUAAAAAUUGUAUAUUUGGCAGAUGUUCCUCCAAUUACUCUCUCACACUGCGGUGAAAUUUUGGUUGUUAGAAUUAAAGUAAUGGCCCCACAGUAGUGGUUUUCUCAUUUCAUUGUAAGACGCUUGCAAGAAUGAUCAGUCAUGCCUCCCAAUUUGUAUCUGGUUGGUUGGGACAGGACUACAAAAAUGCAUUGUGAUAGUUUGUGUGUGUUUCCUGUGUAGUCGGAUGCAGUGGAAAAUGAGAGUGUGUGUUUUGUAGGAAUUGUAUUGAUAUUUACCUCGGGCACUAUGGAAAUGGGAAGAUACCUAGAACUAAAGAUUUGGAAAUUGUGUUUUGUUGAAAUUCAUGGCCUGGCCUCAUAAACAGUUACGUGGACACGUAUUUAAGCGGCGUCAGAAUAUAAAAACGAAAUGUGAUUGGACGGAAGAAGAACAGUAUUUGGCAAAACUACAAGAGACAAAAUGCAGACAACCAGAUCGAAUAAUGCGGUGAUAAUUUGUCACUGUCUGAAAGUGUCAUGGUGUGAAAGGAAUUUAUUGUUUUGAAAUUUACUCAGAAGCUUAAUUUGUAACAUUUUCCUCCAGUACAUACUUUGUGGUCCAAAUAGUUUCCAGCAGCUAAAGAUUCCACUUUCGCACCAUGACAUUUUCUCAUAUACUCCGUAUUAAAGCAGACAACAACACAUAGUAUUAUUCGUUAUUAUAUGUCCAUAAUUACUGACAUUUUGGGCACAAUAAGAACAUUAGAACAGUAUACUAAAAAUGUACAUAAGACAAAUGUGUAUUGUAGGUAAGCAGCCUUUGGGAAUGAAAUAUAUAAGCUGCUCCAGUUCUGUAGCUAAAAAUGAUGUUAUUUAUAGUAAUAUUAAUUGUAAACAUACAUAAAAAUAACAGCUGGCAGUAAGACUUAAGACUUACUUUUUGGGGCUAAUAUGUUUGCUUACAGCAUUACGCAGCUUAUAAAUUCUUUGUACAGAAUUAACAUCUGUGUGAUACCACAAGUUUAGUAAUGGCAUUUAUCUUCCUUGCCAAUGCUUCUAAUUCUCUGAGUUCAGAGGUGGCAUUGUGCCAUGUUUUGCAUGAAAUAAUAUUUCUAAUAAUUACAAGUAACAAAAAAAAGUUAGUUGAGAGUUUAAAAUGUCUGUAAGUAGUUUGAAGCUGUGAGGUGAACUGACAGCAUUACCAGAGUCUCCAGUGCUCCCGUCAGACGAGUUAUACAUUACAGUGCACCGUACGUCUCCCGACAUAAAAAUCUCACGAUAAGUUGCUCUGUAGACCGUGAUGCUUCUCAGUGGUUAUAUCAAAAGCAGACCGUGAGCUUUGUUAAGAGUACUGCUGUCAGUUGAAGUGUCGAAAGAAGUAAUUUGUUAAAGUUCUUGAAGUGUGGUAGAACAUUAAUUUUGGUUUGCUUCAAUAACUUCCAUCCAAAUGGCAUUGUUUAUGCGACUUACAGCUUGUUAAAACAUGUCCGAAUAUGAAUCUCUUUAAAAAGAGAAGUGUUCUGAAUGCUAACAGUUGCUUAACACUACUUUUGGUAGCAACCUAGCUUGAUACCUGCAAUUGCACCUCGACCUCUCUCUUCCCCCCUUUAGUUCCUGCACGUUCGUGUGUGUUGUCCCCAAAAUUCGCAAGCAAGCCUUCACACUUGAAGCGGAUACACUGUCCGCAGUACAGUAUUCCUACCAGCAAGGAUUCAGUAACGAUUAGAAAAUGCGAGGAUCUCGAAACUUUUGUAUCAAACUGGGAUUUCAAGCCAGACCCUGGUAUUUUGCCGUCAGUAUUCUUACUGCCGAAUGUCGAGCAGUGAUUAGAGCUGAAGAUGUGAAAGAGGAUUGCGAGUAGUGUUGCUCUGCAAGAACAGUGUCCUUAAAAGACUAGGGGUCAGGGUUUGAUUCUUAGCCUCGCCACAGUUUUUUCACAGCAAAAUCCGUUGUGAAUUAAUUACCUUACGAGCAUCUUGUCUCAUUUGACGAGACACAAAGUAAAAAUUGCAGUUAUCUAUAUGAAAUUUUGAGGACUGAACUUAAAAGUGUUUGUCAAUAUAUACGCUCUGUCGGAUAUUUCUGUUCGGAGUGGUGAAUCAUUGGUUGCCCUCGGCAGUCUGGAUUUUACAACAGAACGCGUUUAUGUUCCUUGCUGGUGGUUGUAGCUUUGAGUGACGUAAGGUCAUUAUCCCUACCUACGGCCCUUAUACUCCGCGCUGCUCUCGACUGAUCGGAAUGUUGCUUAACUCUGCCUUCUGUUUCUAAUCUCUUCCUCCCCUGAAGCUGGGUGCAUGGCAUGUGUCUAACACUUCUGCUUGCUAUUCAGUAACGAUGUCUUCGUCAGCUACUGCGGCAUGGCGACGCUUGACAGCUUUCUGUCAGAAUGCUGUUUUCUUUUCUGCUGCGAUUACUUCAGCUGCUCGUUGUUGAAGAUUUUAUACUCUGGCAGCUAAUUUGAAAAUAAAAACUGGAAAUGAUUUUAAAGAAAGGGUUAUUCAUAUGUGUUGAAUGGUACCUGGAAAGAAACUUCAUUGUCCAUCUAUGAUAAGUAUGAGCAUUCAUUUCCACCAUCUUGAUCCAGAUUUACAAAACUUUGGUGGUGGGAAGUCAAGCAGAUAAGCACUGCAGAACAGUCUUAUUUUGUGUAAUCUUUGAACUUCUCUUACUGUGUUACUUUUUUUUAGUAAUAACAUGAAAAUACAAUAUUUUUACAAUGUUCUGUCAGUGAAAAUGAGAUAGUCUUUGAAAAAUAACUUUAUAAAUUAGACAUUAACAAGAAAAGUUUAGAGAUGUUUGUUCAUUGAUGAACCAUAAAUACUGUUUUAUAGUGGUGGCCAGUUGUACUAACAAAUUGAAGUCCUAGGAAAUUGAUUGUAGUCUUUUUACACCUAGUGGACAAAGUAGAGUAUUCUUGCAUGUAAAUUAGGAGCUGGUGGUAAACUUGCAUGAGCUGGUGACAGAUAUUGAGCAGAUAAGCUGCUUAGAGAAGUCAAAAUUUGUAAUGUGCAGUUAAAUUUUGUUAAUAAUUGGUUUUGCAGGUGGACUGAAAAUUGAUUGAAAACAUUAUGUUGGCUUUCAAAGCAAUAUCCCUCCUCCCCUUAAAAAAAGGGGGUUUAUUUCUUGUUCCAUAUGGGUGUGUCUCCUAUUCUGAAAAUUAUGUUGCUCGUGGGCUGUGAUUAUUUCAUAAACUGCAUUUUUGUUAUAAUCUCUAUGGUGUUGGUGUUUGUCUCCUUGCUGUUGACAUAACAGGAUUAGAAGAGAAUUAAUAUUUUAUACAAGAAAAGUAACUGUUUUUGUUGCCUGUAAGUUACACUGGUGUCGGUCGUUUCUGCGGUGCGUGGUCAGGGGGAGGUCAGUGUGUAGGGUUCGCAUCCCGACACAGUGGAGAGCAGCCGAGUGCCGGGCCUACCAGAGUGGGCCAGGUAUUCUCGGCAAUACCUCAGGGACCCUUAUUCUGGACCAUUCCACCCCUCCUACCCGAGAGCACAACUGCACAUUAUUACACUAAUACCUUUGCUGCACUUCCUGUAGAACACAAUAUUUGUUACCGGAAGCGAAGUACCAUUAGGUUAGGAUGUGACUUGCUGGAAGAGUAGGAAAAAGUCAGCAUAUGACAUCAAACAUCCAUGCAGAAAGCUUGCAUACUGUGCUGUUAAGCCAGUCAUUCUUAAAUUAUGUUAGCACAUAGUUGUUCUGAUUUUUUUCUUUUGAUGGUAGGUUGUAGAACAGAUUCGUGUAGUAUCGUAACAUAAGUGUGAAGUAUCAGAUUGGAUUACAAAUAGAAGGAAGUAUCAUUAUAACGGAGAUUCCAGCACGGCUGCCGCAUUUACAGUGAUCGCUUUGCAUAUGUUGAUUGCUCUGUCGGCUUGAUGUGAGCGUUAUUCUAUCUUAAUUGUACAGACUGAGCACGCUAUUUCACUUGAUGCAGAAGGCCUUUCAGUUUUGAAGCUGUAAGUGGGCAAAAAUUUGCAUGAAAAAGGAGGCAUCAGAUUGGACACAGCCAUGUUCUGUGCAGUACAUUUUUGGGUGUCCAAUAGAGUUGUUUAUGCCAAAUUUGUGCACAAUAGACAGCUGAGCUAGUAAUCUUCAAUUGUCAAAAUAUUUUGCCCAAAAAUGGAAUCGGUAGCUCUUGUCUCUGCUGCUAUUAAAGCAGAAAGGAGUUUCAGCCAUGACUUUUAGUGGUUCUUUGUUAUUUUUAUGCAGGUUUAUUCCUUUACCCUUAUUUCAGUGGUUCCUUUAUACCCCAUUAUGGAAUUUUCCUAAAUAAUCUGCAGAGACCUUAACCCUCAGCUGCGGGCGAUGCUCACGUGUGCAAUUCCACAGGGCAUGCCGUUAUUCUGUUGGAUAUAGUUUGUGGGCUGUUUGUAUGUCAGAUGUCACUAUUUUCCCGCCAAAUCUUUUUAUGUGGUGCUGGAACAUCGGAAUUCACAUUUUACACAUUCUCAGCUCUCAUCCAUAAACUUACACGUACAACUUCUCGCGCAGGCAAUUUUGUAGCCAUUUUAGCGAGCUUGUGUAGGUAACCUUGCUUCAGGGUGCACUACACUCAGAGACGUUAUCAGUAAGUUUUAUAAAGUUGAGCGUGAUUUUUAUGUUUCGUGCAUUGAAUUUAUUUAUUUAAUUUUAUCAUAAAGCACAAUUGAUAUUGGACACGUCAAAUGAAAGUUGCAAUAAUACAUAGUAUUAGCAGACAGUAGGCAACUAAGGUACUCUUACAAUUUAAUUUUUAAUUAACUUUUUUAAUUACGUGAUCAGAAAUUCUUUUACAGAAUAGAAACAGUGCUUUAAUGAAUUACUUAGGAAUAAAGAGAUGACUCACCGAAAGGCAGAAGUGCUGUGUCGUCUCUCUAUUCUUGUUUCUAUUCCUAAAUAAUUCGUUAUUCUCAACCAGAACUUUCCGUGUGUUAUUAUAAACAGUGCUUUAUUAGAAAUAUCUUGUCUUUAAUUUUAAACAUAGGAUAUACAGCAAUUUUUUUUCCUCUGGUAUCUUGUUGCAUAGUAUUAUACCAAUUGUGUGUGCUGAAUGUCAAAAAUCAAUUCUAAAUUCAGUUUUUAGUUUUCUCGUUAAUUCCUUUAAUAAAAUAACUAUAACUAUAACUAUUCUAAUUAUCGGAUAAAAUUGGUCUACAGUUUUGUGUGAUAAAAUGGAAAAUCGCCCGUGGUUGUAGGGGUGCGUCUCCCUUGCUGUGCAAAUGAAAGUAAAUGUGAGAUGUGGAACCCUAAAUGUCCUCUAUUGGGUUUUGUUUAGUACAGAAUAUUCAUAAUGGCACAGCUUUUUUUCUUUUCCAUGAAAUACUCAGUUAUAGGUAAAUUGUUUCCCACAAGUUGGAUAAAAAACAGGUUUUUACUUUUGACCAUAUCUUUGAAAAUUAUUUUAUAAGUGCAACAGAUAAUUACAGAUAAGCUGCAAGUACACUUGCUGUUAUUGAAAUUACAUGCUUUUGUAAAGCAAAUUGGUGCAUGAGAGAAUUGAAAGAAGCUUUUCCAUCUCCCUGUGUGCUGUUGUUACUUUUUUUUUCUCUCUCUCUCUCUCUCUUGCAGUGUAGCUGAUAUUAUCGAAAAGUAUGAAGUAAACAGGAGAUUCAAAAUUAUUUUUUUUUCUGUUGUCCAUAACAGUAUCGAGUUUUGUAUUGUUUAGGAACUGCAAAGGAAUAAUUUCUCGUGCAGCAUUGUAGUGAGGAAGAUAUUGUUCAUAAUUAAAUGGUGGUAUUCACACGUUUCAUCGGGUUUAUAGUAGGACAUUGCUGUGUGUUAAAAACUUGAACAUAUUUAUUCCCCAGAACUGCUAUUUCAUUAAUGUUAGCAAAGUCUGCUCUCCAUCGUGCAAACCAAAGUUAUUUCCAAAAACAAAAAAAAAUGCCAACUCACAACUGGUAUUUUGUAAUGUUAUGCGACAAUUUCAGGUCGUGUCCAGACAAGAAAUGUAAGCUUUGUUUCUUAAAAGAUUACCUUGUUCACUCUUUCUUUUUCCUCUCUAAAUAUUCAUUUUUUGAUAGCUUAUUCCCAGAAAUUUACUGCGAGCCAGUUCGAUAAACAUUAUACAUUGCCUACAACCCUUUCCUGGCAUGUAAAAUGUCAUAAGAUGUGACUUGAAGUGAUAUAUAUUCUGCAGUACAUAAUAUCUAUUUCACAUUAUUAGCAGCCAUGUAGUUGUUACUACCAAGUGGCAUAUCCACCUAUGUGGCUGGAGUUUCGGAUUCUUUUAGGGCUGUGCAUAUAAGAAAGAAAUGAUUAUUAAUAAUUAAUCUUUGCAGCAGUAUCAUACAUGGGCAGUGAGCUACAUGCUAAUCUUGGGAGAGAGGAACGGUAUUUCUGUUGUAUCAUUCUGGGUGCUAAAUGGAAGAUUACAAGGGGCAUAGGAAUGUGACAACAGUAGAAUUGUGUUGCUGUUAAAUAUCAUUACACUUUUUGUAUUUUGAUCCAGUGCAACGGUCGAUCUGCCACUUUGUGGAACAUGUCUAUAUUUAUAUACUCUCCCUUCAGAAUUAAGUAAUUGUAGAAUAGCCACUCUGUGUAACCCUCAGAAAAUGUGUGUGUGUAUUGUCUGGGUUAAUUACUUUAUUAGUAUUUUAUAUGGCACACUCCUGUUUUGUUUCUUGGCUGUUUGUUGUUUAAUCUUUAGUCUGCAGCUGCUCUACUGUGAGAGUUUAUGUAACAUUUAUGUAAGAAAUACCAAAGACUACAUCAUAAAUGACAGGAAUUAACACGAUGCAAUUUUAGCAUCUUUAUUUUCUACCUGUAAAGAGUCUCAGUAAUGGAUAACAUUUAGUGUGCGAUCACUAAAUGUUAUGGAGAUAGGACAGAAUUGUGUGGAGAAGUUCUUGUUUCUUUUCUCCUUAGUUCUUUUUGCAAAAGAGAGAUUUGAGCUGAAAGCUAACGAAGUACGAAUGGUGGAAAUGUGUCCCCUGUUCCCAGAUGCGCAACUUUCAUAUCCUAAGAAGCACGUAGUGUAAUUUAUGAAGUGGAUAUAUUUAUUAGGUACUCUUUCACCUCUCCUCAUCCUUUUAAUAAUUUAAAAUACUGACUGAAAAGUGACCUUUGCUACUUGUGUAGACCUAUUAUAUUAUACUUUUUAAUAUCUGUGUAUAUGUGUAAGAAAAUUAUUGGCUUGUCCUUUUUUAUUUGGCAUUGCCAGUUUUGUAAUGUUGUUGUAUAUACGUUAUACUUCUUUUGUGACUUUGUAAAUAGAAUAUUGGAUAUUUGUAUUGUGACACUGGUGUUUGCAAAAAUCAUGUUCUGCUUUUAAGACAUAUGGAUAUGCAAUAAUACAUAUAUGUGUAUUUCAUAAAAAUCUUGUUUUUAUUUGCUUUACACAGUAUUUCAAAAGAUGUAAUACAUUUCAGUUUGAAAUGCAGGCUUGUGUAAAUCAACUGUAACUGUUACACUUUAUUUGAGAA